UAUACCUGAAAAACCAAAACAUUAUAGAAAGCAUUGGUAUGAAAGUUCCCAUCAACCCAACCUAACCAAGACAAAUGAGCAAAAAACACAUGAGUAAGUAGUGACUACUGUUUUCAAAACCUUUUACAGUUCCAGAGUGAAGGUGUAGUGAAGCCGUGGAAGCAAGAAUAGUACCUGAACCUACCUUCAAAACAACCCUAGACAAGCUUAUCAAGAACAAUGGGGUGCCCUAUACAGGACAUUGCCCUCCAUCUCUGGAUGUGGUGGAAGUUUGGUAAACUAGGUAUCAAGGACGAGUGGAGCAGCACGGAAGCAUCAGCAGGUGGAGGACAACGCUACGCUUCAGCCACCACAGUUGUGUUGUCGGUCAGAGACGUACAAGUGUCACCACUAAUAAACCGUUUGUGGUGGUUGUGGUUUUUAGGUCCACGAUGUCGUUCUUGGACUUCAUAAAGGUGUUCUUUGAGGUGUUGGGAGCCAUUCUGUCCUCUAUAUACUAUGCCCUUGAAUCGCUGGUCAUAUCUCUGGUGCCCCGGAAGUUCAAGAGGAAGGACGUCGAGGGUCAGGUGGUAUUAGUUACGGGCGGCGGCUCUGGCAUCGGUCGCCUCGUGUGCCUCAAGCUAGCUGCCAGGGGUGCCAAGAUCGUCACCUGGGAUGUCAACACGGCAGGUAACGAGGAAACUGCUAAGCUGGUGGUGGCAGCUGGUGGGGAGGGCCACGCCUACUCUGUUGAUCUUUGUGACCGUCAUGCCAUCUAUGCCACUGCUACCAAGGUCAAACAGGAAGUAGGCAAGGUGGACAUCCUGGUGAACAACGCAGGCAUAGUGACGGGCAGAAACUUCAUAGACGCGCCAGACCACCUCAUACAGAAGACAUUUGACGUCAACAUCAUGAGCCACUUCUGGACAACAAAGGCCUUCCUUGGAGAUAUGUUGGCCUCAAACCGUGGUCAUGUUGUAACUGUUGCAUCUUUGGCUGGUUUGGGUGGAGUCAACAAAUUAGCAGACUACUGUGCAUCAAAAUUUGCUGCUGUUGGAUUUGAUGAAAGUCUUCGUAUUGAGCUUCAGGUUGAAGGUUACACUGGAGUCAAGACCACAGCUGUAUGUCCCUACUACAUCAGUACUGGCAUGUUUGAUGGAGUGAAGUCAAAAGUGAUCCCAAUCCUCAAGCCUGAAUAUGUGGCCUCCGAAAUUGUUGAUGGUAUCCUGCUAAACACCCCCAUUGUGGUGCUGCCGCCUUUCUGCAAAUACCUGGUCCUGCUUAAAUACCUUCUUCCAGCAAAAGGUUCUUACCAACUGUACAAAGCAUGUGGGGGUCACCUCACAAUGGACGACUUCCGCGGCCGUACAGUGGAGGAUGGCCCUUGCAAAAUGAAUGGUGCUCAAGAGAAACGGGUGACUGGUAAAAGAAUCAUUCCUUAGAGGGAUAAGUGUUUGGUUUUUAACUGUACUGUGUAUAUACUGUAUUGGGGUGAUGCAUAUAUAUAUAUAUAUUUUUUUUUUAGAACUAGAGAUUGUUUAAUGAGUCUCAAGUGAUGUAGUGAUUUAUUGAUGACGUUCCCUGUAAUUAGCUGAGCUGUCAUGUUGCCAUUACCAAACACAGAACUCUUAAAGUGUACUAUAGAUUAAUGCAACUUGCAUCUCAGUGUUAUUUGUCUUAUGCUGUAAUUGUUAAGAAUUUUCCUUUGAACUAAUAUUAAUGUAAGCAAUCAAUAUUUGGGACAGUAAAAAAUAUUAUAACCACAAGGUACAGGUUACAAUAACUGGCCUCUUCUUACAGUACCAUAUGCAGAUAGAGUACAAACAGGCCAACAGGAAUAAGCAUACAGAGAAGGCAGUGACGGAGUUUAGUCGUGAAGUAGUACAGUGGAAUAACGAAUUUACCGGAAAUGGCAAAUUUAUGGAAUCGGAGUGAGUGACUGUGAAAUUUGAAUUUGGCACCUUGUAGUUUAAAAAUUGGCGAGUACAGUAUGCAUGAAAUUCAAUACAACAUUGAAUUGUUAUUGUAAGGUAAAAAUAAGGAAAUUUUUACAGUGAAAAUAAUUUUACUUGCCGGUAAGUAUUUCACAAUACUUUUUAGGAUUUGGUCAUGUUUGGUUUGAUCCACUGUCAAAUUUUGACAAUGGUAUUUUCUUCCACUCAUAACACCACCACAUCCCGCCUCUUGCUUUUAAGGUAUUUUUACAAUACGUACAGUAAACGUAAUUUUACAUUUAGGUGAUCUUUGAGUACUUUAGGCUUGAUGUUUGGUUUGAUCUGCUGUUGUAACACCACAAAUACUGUACAGUAUAAACAAUUUCAGCAGUGACAUUCGUUCACCCACUAACACUACUGAUUCUCACCACAUACAGAUCUUGCUGGUUUAUUUGUGCUUAUAUUCUAUAGGAGAGUGUACAGUACAGUAAUUUUGCAUUGUUUUUAUGUACAGUACAGUACAGCACGGUAUACAACUUUAUUAUUGUACUCAGACUAUUUUUUAUUGUUUAUGUAUAAUGUAUGCAAAUAAAUUAUUUUAAUUAAACCAUUAUAUGUACUGUACAUAUUUGUUAAUGAAGGAAAAAUGAAGGUCUACAUGUUUAUUUUGCAAGGUUAUUUAUAUUUUUGUGUACAGUAUUUCACUUGAAUCCUAAGGGUACACAACACAGUACAGUACAGUGCAGUACUGCUUUUAAGAAAAAUUCUUUAAUGCAGAAUCAAUUCGGUUCCAAUCCACUUUAUAAAAAGAGAUCUUAAUGUACAAUACAGUAUAUAAUAUAUGUAUAUGUGUGAAAAUUAGGUGUCCAAACUCACUGAAUUGUUUCUCUUUCAGUUCUUGUUUAUUCUCAGUACUGUACUGUACAUGUGAUAUGUGCGAGUACAUCUGUACAGUAUAUAGAAAUUUUUUAGGAAUGAUUUUUUGUUAUAUGAAUAAUAGUACAUAUGUACAAUAUAUGGGCUUUACUCUGUUACCAGAAUCAUUACAACAUAAACAUUUUGUUUAUGGUACUAAAAUGACUUUUAUGGUUGACUCCUCCACUAAACAACUUAUGUUUGUCUCCAGCAUCCUGAGGUUUUUACCUGAAUUAAUCCUUAAACAAACAAGAGUUAACCUUUAAAUAUGAGAGACUAAGACUGACUUAUGACAUGGUUAUGAGCGAGUUGAAAUAAGGUAAUUGAUUAAAAAAAGAAACUAAAAGUUAGGCUUGAGUAAAGAUGAAGGACUCGUGUGCAUAGGAGAGAAAUACAGAGUUAUGUGGAGCCAUCAUGCAGGCAGUUUUAGUAGUGACUGUGCACCAUCCAUCUGAACAGGGAAGAAGUUUGUUGAAUCCUGAUAGAUAUUUAUUGGACCUGAACAUGAUUAGGGUAUUGUAUAUGAAGUACCCUGCACUUGUAUUAUGGUCCAACUUUUGUGAGAUAUUUGUAUUUUACAGAAUAAUUAGCUGAUUUGGUUAUUUCUAAAAUCUUGAUGGAAUUAUAUUUUAGCUUAUGAACAAAAUACAAUAAGAUUAUACUGGACUUAUUUUAUGGACGACUCAAAAAGAGAAUUGCUUUGACAAAACAUGACAAAGAGUAAAAGAUUAGUUAGAGAAAUACUGUACACUUAGCAUAUAUUUUUAUCUUUUAUUCAUUCAGCCACCACUGCUCAAAUACUCUACUUCCACAAAUGUUAUUAAAAUGUGACUGAAAGAUUUGGCAAAUGUAUCGGCAUGACAGCUUGUGGUUUUUUCUCAUUGUGUAAAUAUCAAGUACUUUUGUAACAAAGGAGGAUACUGGUGUGUGCAAUUCCAGUUUAAGUAUCACUGUGAGGAAGGUGUCAUUGUUAUAAACUUGUACUGUAGUAUUUUUGAAAGUUUUUAAUGAUGACACCAACCAUAAGAGACUGGAUACCUUUCCUCAUAUUAGUGUGAGCCUUAGUAGUGUUGUAUUAGUAGACACAACUUUUCCAUCACCAUGUUUCUUCGGUACAUUAUCACAAUGCAUCUUUCCUAUACAGCAGGGGUGGCCAACCUUUUGUGUGAUGUAAUCUACUUUUUCCACAGUUACCCUGAUGCGAUCUACCAGCCUAAUAUUCACCCAUUGCCAUAAAAUACGCAGAUUCGUAGAGAGAGAGAGAGAGAGAGAGAGAGUAAACAAAUAAUAUUUUUCAAUAAUUGUUAUGAUAUAUUGUUAACAUGACAAAUUCAUAAACUUACUUUACUAAUGAGAUUAUUAGCACUGCAUGUUGUCUGCCAUCUUUGUGUAAUUAGGACUGUAGGUGGUGACUGCUAGCCUCAAGCAAGCAUCCAGGUGUUCAUCUGACAUUGUUAAUCGGUAUUUGGAUUUGAUGUGUUUCAUGUGUGAAAAUGUUGAUUCACAAAGGUAGGUUGAUCCAAAAAAUGCUGUGAGGUACAUGGCACAUUUUCUGACAUUGGGAUAUUUUUCUUCACUGAGAAGAUUCCAGAAACUUCCUCCUGUUGCCAUGGAUUUGAUCUGAAUAUCAUUUUUAAGCUUGAGAAGCUCAUUUUCGACUUCAGAUAUGUCCAUGUUAAAUACUGAUGCCAUUCUAGAUGCAAUAUCUUUAACAUUUGUGAUUUUACCAAAUGGAAAACACACAUAUUUUGCAACAGGUUGCUGUAUCUUGAAACCGUCAGUCAAAAUAUGAGGCAAGGUUUUGUACCUGUUCAAUAUAUCGAGCACUGUCAAACAGGUCAUAGUCUUUUCCUUGGUUUUCUAGUUCAGACAUCAUAUUUCUGAAGCUUCGUAGUUGAUGUUGAUGCAGCUGCGAAGACACUAGUUUUAGUUUCUGCUUGAAAGCAGCCACAGGACUAAUGUCAACUAUAGUUUUAUCUUUUCCUUGCAGAUCUAAGUUUAAUUUAUUCAGCAUAGCAGUCAUGUCAACUAAAAAAGCUAAAUCUAACAGCCACACUUCGUUGUGAUCAAAAGGCCAAUCUUUUGAGGCCAAAAAAGAAGUUAGGAAACCUAUCAUCACUCCUGCACAGGGCAAAGAACCCAUUGAUUCGGCCAACCAAUGCAGGUGCCCCAUCAGCAUUUUUAGAUAUGAGCAACUGGCAAUUGUGAACUAUUAACAAAAUCACUGAAAGUCUGAAAUAAGUCUUCAUCCCGAGUUUUUCCUUUUAAUGGUAGAAUUUUCGGCAGUUCCUCUUUGGUACUCAUGUCUUUAAACACCAUUCUAAUGAAAAUACAUAACUGUGAUGUAUCGACCACAUUAGUAGACUCCUCAAAUUGUAAUGAAAAGAACACACACUCAUGUCUGUCUUUAUUCAGUUGUUCACCCAAAUCCUCAGCCACGAAUUCACAGCGCCUAAUGACAGUGUUUCUUGAUAACUGAACAUCCUUAAUAGAAGACAGUAUUUCAGACUUAUUUUUGAAAAUUUCAAACAACGAAUAUGCUGCUUCUAAAAAGGCCUCUUUGAAUAUUUCUCCAUCUUGAAAUGUUUUUUUUUUUAUACUUAGUAAGCACUUGACUCACCCUGAAUGAUGCAAUGGUUGCUACCCUUGAUUUUGAGCUCGCGUCUGUAAAAAGAGUUUGUUGUGCAGUAAGCCAUGAUUUCAGUUCAUGAACUUUCCUCUUUAGUAGCUCACUUUUGAGGGAAAUCAUUAUCAUUCUUCUUGUGAAAACUUUUGAAAUGCUUUUCAGGAUUUUCUUUCUUAGCUAGAGCUGGAGACGCAUGGCAGAGCAAGCACAGACACUUCAAAUUAUUCAUGGUAAAAAAUUAGUCUUCUUCCCAUUCAUUGUGAAAAUGGUAAAUUUGGGUAUUUUUAGUACUUGGUCCAGAACUCAUUUUUGGUUCCGUUGAUGGCCAAUAACCUAUAUUUGGAAAAGAUUAAGUCGUACUUCAAUACAAGAAUUACUUUUUUCCGUGACUUUUUCGACAUGAAUGUGAGAAUUACUAACAUAACAGAGUAACGUUCUUAACUUCUUUUUUUUAUAAGCAAUUGUCAUCGGCGAGUGUGGACACUUCUGUCUACUCUAGGGUUGCGGCGAGAACUGUCGCUAAGCUAAAAAGUCAGUAAUUCUUGUAAUCACCCAAGACUUUUCCAUAACAAGAGGCAGCACCUCACACUUCCAAGUAUUGCAGAUGACUGAAAAUCACUGCAUUGUUGGUGACAAGUAUGUAGGCUUGCUGGGCAAGGUUGCCAAAUAUGAUUCUCUCUCUCUUUACUUUUGACAAGUCUCCUCAAUAUUGAGUCGACUUUUUCAUUACGAAAUUCAUUAAUACAAGGUUUAGUAUGUAUUUGUAAACUUAUAAAAGCAAAUACCUGCCUAAUUUUAGCCUACAACUGAUGACAACUUGCUGAUCAGUUUCCUCACCAGGAACCAGCCAGCACCGGCCCGGAUGAAUGCGAACACUUCCUCUCAGGUUCCGCCACACACGGCAUGGCAUAGUCGAAGUUUUUUUGUAUGUAUCGCCCUGAUGUGUCCAUAAUGAUGAUCUAUUCCCAGAAAAAAUCUAAACAAACAUAAUAUUCCAAUGAUUAUGAGUAAAAUUUGAAGAGGAUUUUUGUAUGGCAGCUUAAGAAGGAUGGAUCAUUAAGUUUAACUUUGCCAUGCGAUCGAUUAGAGAAGAUCUUGCAAUUGACCAGUUGAUCGCGAUCGACAGGUUGGCCACCCCUGCUAUACAGUAUAUAAAAACUGUAAAUAUACUGAUGGUAGUAUUUUAAGCUCUCUUUAUAUACAGUGCUUAUAAUUUUAAGGUAUUGAUGAGAAAGCGUUGUCUUUGUCUUUAGGAUUUACCAGCAACUCUUUAAACUGAAUAUUACAGGUAUGUGUCUAAAGUCACUUCUCCUAGUUCCACAAUUCCCAUUACUGUACAUUCGGCUGUUGCCAACCACAAAAUAAUUCUAGAACAUAACUGUGCCUAGUGAGGGAUUAUUCUAUUGACAUGAAGCUUCGUUAAUGGAUUUAUAAGACUGUACAAUAUAUGAAUGACUGUACACUUUUGGUUUAUGCAUUGUAUUAAUUACUUUAAAUUUGUUUAUAAAAUGAUGGCUAUGGAAUCAUAUGGUGUUCAGUGGUAUAAAGCAUUUAGGAUAAAGUUAUUACCAAAAUAUUCAUGAUCCAAAUUUGGCAUAAUGAAGGUACACAAUGAUUUCGACACAAAGCCUUGGAGUCUACAUCACCUUCAUUAAAUUAUAGUUAUUGCAAGUCUACAAUAAAUUACAUGUUGUGCAAGGAAAUUAUCUGUAAAGAAUUUUGGAAAUUUGGACAUUGGAUUUACCAAAGGAAUUAUACAUACUUGAAGACUACAGGUUAUUCAUUCAAAGAGCAAGAACUAAUUUCACUUCUUUAACCAACUGGGACAGUGUACCUACUGUCACAGCUGUGCAAUAGUGAUGGUCACUUGCAAACCUCGUCUGUAUUGUGGUCUAUUUUAUAUCGUAGCAGAAUUAUAAUUGGUGCCCUGUUUUGAGGUAGAAGGCUAAAAGCAGAUCUGGAGAGACUGGUAAUGAAGGUGACCGUGGCUUGUGUAGUAUAAAUCAUUAAACAAAUGACACAAUCUACAGUUACUCUGAGUGAUGAAAUAAAUCCAGAUAUGUUGAGAGAAUAACUAAGGUUGAAUUAUCAAUUUCUCAAUGGCAGAUAAAUGUUGCUCCUGGAACAAUUUGAACUGCAUAAAACAUUAGUUGAAUUGUUCAACUUGAAAGAUCAAUACAUUUAAAAAUAUAAUCAUACUUAAAUGAUUCAUUUUAUACAGGUAUUAAAAAUAUUUUCAACUUCUCAUUAUAAAUUUUUGAUGAAGCAAUCAAUCUCUUUUAUAACGAGUUCAUUUAUCCAUCAUCAGUUCAGGUGACAUGUCGGAUGCGUGACCAAAGAUUUUUUUUUAACCAAAAAACAAAUUUUCUCAACCAUGCAAUAAGGAAGGGGUUAAGAGCAUCCUGUAAGCCUUUGUGGUCCUGAGUACUUUUUAAGGAAUUAAAAUAGUAAGCCACUGGUAUUAGGUUUCUACAGAUACCAUCACUUUGUCUACCUCACUAGCAUAUGUACAGUAACUGUACUUAUGUUCUGAAGUGUAUGGAUUGAACUUUAUAUAAUGUGCUCAGAAAAUCAGGGUACAGUAUUGAAUUUUAUUAUUGUAUUUUAUUAAUUUUUUGAAUCCAAGUCACUCAAGCUAUGACUAGCAGUGAUGGAAGUAAAAAAAUAUUCUAGUGACUAACAUACAAAUAUAGUAAAAUGGUAAUAUUCCUGUCCAAAGAAUUUUGUUCUCAUAUUUCAGAUUUAUUCUUUUUACUGUUAGAUGUAAUGUUUUUUUUUUUUUUUAAGUAUAUAUGGGCAUUCCUUCUUCAUGUUUUUACAGUGUAUAGGUAUGAUCUGUGAAGGUUAACCUGUAAUAUAAAAUGUGUUUCAGAAAA